GAGAUGUGAAGCGGAAAGUUGUAUUCGAAAUAGCAAAUUAUUUCAGUUUUGUUGUAAAUGAAAACAAUUCCAACCGAAAAAACUUUGCGUUCACACUUCACAGUAUAUACUGGAAUAUCUGAAUCCGUUCAAGUUUGGAGUCUUUUAGAUUGGAUUAGUAAUAAAUUUGUAAAAAAACAAGUAAUUAAACAUGGCAGAUGAUAGAGAAGUACUGAGAAUUUUAUGGGACGGACGAAUUCCUGUUUGUUUCACAUUAAAUGCAGACGAAGUGUUCACGUUGGAACAACCAGAACCGUUUUAUUUACUCUUACCAAGAGUCAGUUAUCUCCCUGUGGUCACCGAUAAAGUAACCAAACAUUUUCAACAUUCCAUCAAACCAGACAUGAACACUACCAGUAUUUGGUUUGAUUUCAAUGGACAGCCUCUCAAAUGGCACUAUCCAAUUGGAGUAUUGUUUGACUUAUAUGGCUCACAUAAAUUACUUCCUUGGAAUAUCACAGUUCAUUUUGAGGACUUCCCAGAAGAUGAACUAAUUCGUUGUGAAAGCAAAGAGGUUGUAGAAUCCUUUUUUAUGUCUGCUGUUAAAGAGGCUGAUUCCCUAAAGCACAAAUCACAGAUAAUUAAUUCCAUGCAAAAGAAAGAUCAUAAACAAUUAUGGCUUGGUUUGAACAAUGACAAAUUUGAACAAUUUUGGUCUGUAAAUAAGAGACUAAUGGAAAGAUUGGGAGAAGAAUUGUUUAAACAUAUUCCAUUUAGAAUUCAUCAGUGUGACAAAGUAUUUAUACAGAAACUUGCAAAACCUGUAAAUGAAUCAGGGGAAUCUCAGACAUUGAAACACCUCAUGAUGGAAACAUUACCAACGAUGUUCUCGACAGAAGAAGACUUCCAAUCAAUAAAAAUAGUCAUUCACGGCAUUCAGCCACCACUGGAAACCCCCUUACAAUGGCUUAGUGAACAUUUUAGUUAUCCUGAUAAUUUCUUACACAUUGUUCUUAUUAAAUAGGAGCCAGAAAUGUAAAUUAUACAAAUUUAAGAGCAAUCAAUGAUACACCAAAUGAAGAACAAUAUAAUUAUAAAUACUUUUGUAUUCGAUGAAAACAUAUAAAUAAUUUAUACAAUGACACCCAUCAAUCAUCAAUUGAUCCAAAUGGCAAGUCUUUUAAAAUUUGAAAGAAAAUCGUGGGCAUUCUGUUUUCCACCAUUCGCCAAGAGUCCAAGACACAUUUCUUGCGAGAAUAUUUUCACAAAUAGGAAGAGACAAACUAAAUAAGUGUCUGGAACAACAGAGCUUGUAAAACGGUCCUAACGAAAGGUCAUAGUUGUAACAAUUUUAAAAAGAUCUUUGUGCUAAUUGUUCAAAACUUUUAAAUUGUGUCCUCAACACCAUUAUAAUUAUGUUGGGUAUCUAAUCGACUCUGCAGUCUCUGCUAU